AGUCUAGUACCGUAAACAGCACAUCAAAACAACAACCGGUGCGUCUUGCUGCCCUUCUCUGAUGUCUUCACCGUCGAACAGCGGUGCUCAUGUACUCCUGCAGCACCCUUGGCUUCCCAUAACCAUAGAUGGCAUCAGCUUCCUUGCUAAAAUCAACUUUGGGUCAACUGAGUACCAGGUGCUGCUGACUGACCUACAGAGUGUAUGGCAGGAGAAAAUGGACAUCACUGCCAUCCAGACCCGUGCAGCUGAACUCAAUAAGCGGUUGAGAGCUCCAGUGGAGGCUUUCUUCUCCCACCUGUGUAAGGUGGUGCGGCCUAUUUUUGCUGGAGUGGCGUCUGGGUCUGAGAGUGCAAUGAAAGUCGAGCGCCAAGACAGCGGUGAUGUUGUCAUGAAGCUAAAGAGCAAGCUUGCUGGUCUUCCGUUCCACUGGGAAUUUCAGUGUGCACCCGCCCCAGUCACUGUGGUCUGCUCGCAUUUGGUGAACCCCUUGCUGGCCAUGUGUGGUCUCCUGCAGGAGCAAGUGGAUCAGCUCAGUGCUCUGCUGACCAAGAAGGAUGCCGAAAUUCUGGACUACAAAGAGAAUGGGGCCACGCUCAGCAGAGAACGUCUCCAGACCACUGUUUUCGAGAAGAAGAGCUACAGGGACGACUUCAUGACCAAGGUGCUUCCUCUGGCCUGCUCACGGCAGAACAGCUCGCUGGAUUUCAGCAGUGACCUGCAGCAACUUUACACGGCUGUAGUUGCACCUGAAAAUGGCCGAAAACGCAAACUUUCAGAACAGACAGAACUGGUGGAGAUUUAUCAGAGCAACGCUCAAGUCGGUGACGUGAGACAAGAGCAGGAGCCAGCGAGUGACCACCUGGACCAGACAAGCGAGACGCAGGUGGGGAUGGAGACUUCAGUCGAGCAGCCCGCGACGCAGCCGGUCACUGUAGCACGUGUGAGCUCGAAGCCCAAGAAGAAGAAAGGAGGACUUUUUAAAUAGACCAUAUACUGCAAAACACUGCAUCAUUAAGGAUUUGCAAAAAUGGGAAAGCAGAAGAAAUAUUUUUAAAACGCAUUUUAAUAUUUUUAUUUUUUAAUGAAGUGGCAUCAUGUUUUUAAAAUCAUUUCGCACAGAUUGUAAUGGAUAAUUUGUGUACUUUCUGUGUGCUUAUUUUAAACUGUGCUUUGCUCUUGCUGUGAUUGAAGUUUAACAAUAAAUGUUGUUUUUCUUAAA